AUGAUACAAAUUUGUCGUGCGGAGGAUGGCGAAGUCCUCGAGCUCGGCAUGUCGUUAUGGGAGCUGGAGAGGUUGGGAAACUUGGAGUCUCAUUUGGAAGAAAAGACGGGAGUAUCGCAAGAUGCGAUUCUAGCAUAUCUAUCCGAUGGCCGACGACUCAGGGAUGAGAAUAUCCGUGACCUCGCAGGCGUUCAGGACCAGAUUAUUUACGUCUUCAAUAAACGCUACUUGGACCUUGACCUAAAUCAGGUGCUGCAUGAGCUAUGGGUGGAGCCUGAGCUGGAACCUGCCGUUGAAGAUGCUAUUGCCUCGACGCCUCCUUUCCGAAUUUCCCAGCUUGGAACAAUGUACGUGCAAGCCGCACACGCGCACCACGAGCGUAUCCAACACACCCUGUUCACGCUACAGUACCAGCAGUCCGCUCUUCGUAUCGCAUCCAGCGCGCUUGACCUGCACGUUCUCGCAAUCGUGGACGUAUUCGACGGCAUCUCUGCGGCUGCGGAGCGCGAGCUAACGAAGCAGGCGGCAUUGCUCACGGGGCUUGGGGCAGAUCUGGAGAUUGUUGGGCAGGUGGGGGUACACAAAGAGUUCAUGAGCCUUAAGGUGCGCCAGGCGAUGGCGAACGGGGAGCCGCAACGGAAGCUAGGGGACUAUGUGAGUGUGGUGAAGAUGCAGCAGGUUGCAGAAAGCUGUACGAAGGCGCACGGGGAGCUAUUGGCCCGCUUCGAGCAGGUACAGCAUGCCAUGUUGGAGCUCAACCAGGGAGCAGACGAGGUGCGGGCGUCAGUGUCUGACCACAGUUUGGUGGAAGAUGCCGAGGCCAGCGCGCAUCGGGCUCAGGAAAUAUUUGACAAGGUUGCAGAGUUGGAUGCGCUGCUUGAGAGACCUGUCUCCUCACCAGAAAAACUUCUGCAAGAGUUUCGCCAGUUUGAUGGGUCGAUGCGUGGGGAGCUACAAUUCAUCACGCGAAUUAAAAACUCGUAUUCGGAACAAUGUAUCAACGCGCUCCGCCGGAUUAGCACACUAAACAGCGACCUGGUCGAACUGCCACCAUCCCUGACAUCUUUGCAGGCUGUGUUCAAGGCGAAGACAAGUUUCUCUCACAUACAGAGGCUGCACAGCAUGCUUUAUGCAUACGGUGCGACGGUCAUCGAGAUCGUACGAAGAAAAGAGUUUGCACGUUUCUUCUAUCAGAGAACGCAGAGCAUACUCGAGAUUAUGGCUAAGCUUUCGGCUAACGAAAGGAAGCGGAGACAAGCCUAUCGUGGAGAGGUACACGGGCAGCUACCCUUCGAAGCUCACGGAAUGGAUGAUCCCGUUCCAAGUAUCGACUUCUCUCCAACAGCCUCCCCUGAUUCGUUCUAUUCUUUGGAACGAGCAGAUAUAGAUGACCUAAUUCGGAUGCUGGACGCGCUUGAGCAAUUCGCCCAAACAGCACAGGGUUCAGCCGCGGCGCUGAGCUCUGUGAAGGAAGCUCGUGCCGGUUUGGAGAGGCUGAUAGGUAAGAUGGACAGUCUCGAACCCGGUUUCGACCGCAUAGCGGAACGUUCGUUAUUGUCGGCUUCGUGGCUGUCCAGUAGCCGACGAAGAUCUCCGGAUGAUGGUGAGGCGUAUGCGCAGCUUGAGGCUCAGUUGGAAGAGUUACGACAAUCUAAGGCUCAGCAAGAGGCAGAGUUUCAGCACGAACGCUCUGCUCUGCAAGAGGAUAUCACGCAGCUCAGACAAUCGUUCGAUGCAUCAGAAGGGACGCGCGCUCAGCUCGAGCGCGAUCUACGUGCAACCCGCGCCCAGCUGGACAGCGAAAGCAAGUCUAGACGAAUAUUGGAAGAGCGAAACGUAGAGUUAUCUUCGGAUGCUGACGGGAACCGGCAAUCACUCGUGCGGGCCCUCGCGAAGGCAACGGAGCAAACAAAGACUGCUGAGAUCCUCCGGCAGGAGCUGACGCAAAUUCGUUCUGAAUUUCAGGACAUCAAGGAGAUGGAGAAGCGCCACUCGGAGAAGAUUGUGUGUCUCCUCGAGGAGCAGGCACUGACGCUGGGACGGCUAGAAGAUGCGCGAGCACGCGGGGAGGACUUGGAGCUCCAGAUACGAACUGCGCGAACCGAGAGCGAGGACAUGAAGCGUGCGCUUUCGGAAGCAGGCAAGGAGAAGGAUCGCCUACUACGAGCACAGGUGUCCGAGCACGACCGAGUAAUGCGAGAUCAUAUCGCCGAAGCCGAUGGAGACCGGGCGGUGCUAGAGCACCAGUUCUCCGAGCUCAAAGCAGACCUGGAGGAUACGGAGCGCCAGUUGAAGGACGCGCGCUCUCAGGCGGACAUGGCGCUUGGUGAUGCAGUGGGAUUGAGAGAGGAACUGCAGCGUAUAGAGCACGAGCUACGAGAGGCGCGCCACGCUGAACGCGUGCUCAGAGAUGACUUGCGUGCAGGGCGGGCGUCGCAAUCCGACUAUGAGCUGCAACUGGACAACAGCAGCCGGCUGGUUGCCCAGAUCCUUGACGUCGCACUUGCGUUCCGCGAGUCACACGUCAAAGCAAUAGCGGCGGCGCAAGCAAUGUCGUCCCAUCCUACAAACAAGGGGUCCAGCUCAAACGGUACCAAUUUGGCGGACUCAACUUUGAGCCCAGGACGACACAAUAUUAUCAAUUAUUUUCCAGAGCCUUCACCGAUUGACCCAACGGAUCCCGUUGCUGCAUUGGAUGCAUUACGAGCGUUCGACCAUGAUCAUUUCCUGGAGGUAAUCAAUAAGACUGGAUCUACUAUCCGGCGCUGGCAGAAACAAUGCAAGGAAUACCGCGAACGCGCUAAGGGCAAGAUUUCGUUUAGAAAUUUUGCCAAGGGCGACCUUGCGCUGUUUCUGCCCACACGCAAUUCAGUUUCGAAGCCGUGGGCGGCUUUCAAUGUGUCGUUCCCACAUUACUUCCUCCAGGCUACGGGACAUCUCGCGGAGCAACUCAAGACACGGGAGUGGAUUGUCGCGAGGAUAACAUCAAUUACGGAACGAGUGGUGGAUUACAAGGACCCGAGCACCAAUCCGUACGGACUUGGAGAUGGGGUUAAGUACUACAUGCUGGAGGUGGAAGACUGGACACAGCCAGCCCAUCACUCCUCCAAGCACCGCGAUUCUUCGCGAAGAGUAUCUUCAGAGCUGCCUCUUGCUACUACAUCGCAUACUCUCCCUGACACACCAGAACUUCCUGCAGGUCCCCCAGAACCUGAGGUAGAAGAUACAUUCACUGCCACACGAUCGCCGACAUCGCGUCUCUUCCCUUCCCGUGGCCGCUCUAACUCCUCGCCCACCGCGGGUCCGUCAUCUCUAUCGCGGCUCCUUGCGCAGGCAUCUGAACAGGCGCUAGAGCCCAUCCCUUCGCGGCCGAGAACGCGCACACCAUCUCCUUUGCAACUGGGUUCGCGUCCACAAUCUCCUCAACAAGUGUCGUCGCCAACCCCACCAGGAUCGCAGGUUCAGAACAACCAUCCUGCUCAACCAUCUCCACUUCGUCCCGGCUCGCGUGCUUCACGCGUCUCGACAUCAUCGAAAUUCUCUAGCCGUAUACCUCUAGGAGGCGGUGGACCAGCAGGGCCUAAGGCGAUGGCGACCACUGCACUGUCCGGACAGACACUUGCUACUCCAGAUGCGACUUUUUCCUCGUCGCCUCUUGCAAGCCACAACGAGCACCCUUCAUCGAUAUCAGACUCGUCGGCACCAUCACCAGAUCGUUCACCUACAGAGGGCAUGUCUCAUCUACUUGGGGCAGCACAUCGCCGGCGCACAACGUCCUACCAUGUCUCCACCCCUAGACCAGCAUCUAGCGCCACGCCGGCCCCUGUCACCACAACAUCGACUGCAGCAAUUCCGAGCAGCCCACUGGCCAGCUUCGGCGUGGGCGUGGGUGUUGGAGCGGGUGCGAGUGCGAGUAGCCGGUUGGCAAGUCUGGCUAGUAGUUGGGGCAUGGCGUUUGGGAGGCGGGGAUCCAGUUCCACUGCGAAGAGUGGGAGUGCAAGCGGUCCUGGUACGCCUGGCAGCCAAGCACCUGUGAGGCGGGAAAGUGGCUUAUUCAUCGAUUCGCCGACCGGUGAAAGUUGA